GCGGGAGGCAGGCUGUGAUUGGUUGCUUGCUGUGUAUAAAAGUGGUGGAGGUGAAGUCCUCGUUCUCACUUUUCCUCCUGAAGGUCUGAAGAUACCACAAACACAUUAUGGGUAAAGAAAAGAUUCACCUGAACAUCGUGGUCAUCGGCCAUGUGGAUUCUGGGAAAUCGACCACGACGGGUCACCUGAUCUACAAACUGGGAGGAAUCGACAAGAGGACGCUGGAGAAGUACGAGAAGGAGGCGCAGGAGAUGGGGAAGGGCUCUUUUAAAUAUGCCUGGGUGAUGGACAAGCUGAAGUCGGAGCGCGAGCGCGGCAUCACCAUCGACAUCGCCCUCUGGAAGUUUGAGACCGAUAAAUUUUUCAUCACCAUUAUCGACGCGCCAGGACACCGUGACUUCAUCAAGAACAUGAUCACUGGAACCUCGCAGGCUGACUGUGCUGUGCUGAUCGUGGCAGCGGGGACUGGAGAGUUUGAGGCAGGAAUCUCUAAAAAUGGUCAGACACGUGAACAUGCUCUGCUAGCAUUCACGCUAGGCGUGAAACAGAUGAUUGUAGGUGUCAACAAGAUGGACACCACUGAGCCUCCAUACAGUGAGGCUCGCUUCAACGAAGUGCAGAAGGAGAUCGGCACUUAUCUCAAGAAGGUUGGAUACAACCCGAAGGCUGUGGCCUACGUCCCAAUCAGCGGCUGGCAUGGAGACAACAUGAUCGAGCCGACAGAGAAAAUGCCAUGGUAUAAAGGAUGGAGUAUCUCAAGGUCUGAUGGGAAUUUUCCUGGAAAGACUCUGGUUGAUGCUCUGGACAGCAUCACCCCUCCUGAACGACCCACAAAGCUUCCUCUAAGGAUCCCCCUGCAGGAUGUCUACAAGAUUGGAGGUAUUGGCACGGUGCCGGUAGGUCGGGUAGAGACAGGGAUCCUGAAGCCUGGCAUGGUGGUGACCUUUGCCCCUCAGCAUCUGAGCUCAGAGGUGAAGACGGUGGAGAUGCACCACAUGUCUAUGCCCGAGGCUCUGCCCGGAGACAACAUAGGCUUCAAUGUCAAAAACCUGUCCAUCAAAGAAAUUAGACGAGGGAACGUAGCUGGAGACAGUAAGAAUUACCCGCCGUAUGGAGCUGCCUCCUUCAUUGCUCAGGUGAUUGUGUUGAACCACCCUGGGGAGAUCCACGCUGGUUACUCUCCGGUUACCGACUGUCACACUGCGCACAUCGCCUGUAAGUUCUCCGAGCUGCGGCAGAAGAUCGACCGGCGCAGCGGAAAGGUCCUAGAGGACAACCCCAAAAUGAUUAAAAGUGGAGAUGCCUCCAUUGUCCUCAUGGUUCCCUCCAAACCCAUGGUGGUGGAGUCCUUCUCCGAGUUCCCGCCACUGGGUCGGUUCGCGGUGCGCGACAUGAAGCAGACGGUGGCGGUUGGCGUGGUGAAGUCUGUCACAAAGGACGAGUCAAAGCUCACCAAGAUGGCAGGAAAGAAGAAGUGAUGUCAGUUCCUGUCAACAGCAAUAGAAGAAGAAGAAGAAGAAGGGGCUUGUGGGAAAUACUAUGAACAACAGUCAACAUUUAUCAUCUUAUCUGGAGACCAACAGCAAAUAAACAAACACAUCAUAAACAUCUUUGAACAAACAUCUGUAAACAAACAUCACAAACAUCUGCAAACAUCAGUAAACGAUAACUCAAACUAAUUUGAAAUUUUUCUAUUGAACCUAUACCUUCAGAUAUGUUUCCAUAGAGAUUUUGGCGUCUAGGCUCCGCCCUCAGAUAGGUUUCCAUAGAGAUUUCCUUCUUAUGCAGCCUGACAUAACGUGGGUAGGCGGAGAAUGACCAGCGACACAAGGAUUUUAGGGUUGAUGUAAGCAGAUGGAGAGCUGUGGUUGUAGAUAUUCUUAGGGAGUUAGGGGAAUAGUGUUUGGGGCAUAGGCCAAAGCUCAGGCUGAGAUCACACAGCUUUGAGGAGAACCAGGAUGUCGUCAUGAGAGAGAAAAAGAUCUCUGUUAGAGAUUAAAGAUCUUUGUUAGAGAUUGCAGCAAGUCUCUCUACCACUGUGGGUUCCCCCAGCACACAACCAAGCUCCACAGAUCAAUUAAUCAACACACAUUUAUUUAUUCCUCAGCCGCACACACCGUCAACACAAACACUCAGCUUUCUGGCUGAUCUGAGGCUUCUAUAGCUCUUCCAAGGUCCAUAACAAUCCGCUCCAGGCGUCCUUUCUGAUGUAUGUGUGGCGGCCAACUCAAGUCCAGCACACAGUUGCAUUAAGAGAGGAGAGAGUGAUUACUCAAUGAGCACCAGCUGAGAUCAUCAACUCUCCUGCUCUCACAAGCUGUCCCUCCACCUCUGUCUCUCCUGCAGCUGAGUGUUAAUCACACCCACCUGCACAGAGAUUAUCUGUGUUAGAUAUUAAAGAUCUUUGUUCCAGAGAAAGCACCCCAGAAUUUCAUAGCUGUUCUGAUGUCAUAGAUAUGUUGGAACAUCAUUUAUUCUUUAUAGUUUCUUUUAGACGAGCAGCUGUCAGUCAAUCAAUGAACCAAUCAAUCAAUAAAAUCUCAGAGUGUGA